CAUACGUCAUCAUUACGCGUCUUUACGAGUAUCACUAAGCGGCAUUUUUGUCCCACUGAAUGGGCAAUAGAAAAAACAGAGCGUAGAAUAGUCAAACUAACCUGUAGUUAACUGCUUACAGCGUAUCAUCAGAAAUACAAAUAUACCGAGAUGAUCGAUACCAUCGAGAAAGAAGACACUAUUAUCAGUGAGGAGGAAGCUGCACAAUAUGAUCGCCAGAUUCGCCUGUGGGGUCUCGAUGCUCAAAAGAGACUGAGGGGAUCACGAGUACUUCUUGUUGGACUGCGAGGUCUUGGAGCAGAAGUAGCAAAGAAUCUUAUUUUGGCUGGAGUCAAAGGACUGACCCUCCUGGACCAUGAGCAGGUGACUGAGGAGUCCAGGCGUGCUCAGUUCUUGAUCCCUGUGGAUGCAAAUGGUCAGAACCAUGCUCAGGCCUCUCUGGAGAGAGCUCAGUUCCUCAACCCCAUGGUGGAAGUGAAGGCAGACACUGAACCAGUAGAGAGCAAACCAGAUGACUUUUUCUUUCAGUUUGAUGCGGUUUGUCUGACCAGGUGUUCCAGAGACCUCAUGGUUCGAGUAGACCAGCUGUGUGCCUCCAGGAACAUUAAGGUCUUCUGUGGAGACGUGUAUGGCUAUAAUGGGUACAUGUUCUCUGAUCUCGGGCAGGAGUAUCACUAUGUAGAAGAAAAGCCCAAAGUGGUGAAAGGGUCUAACGAGGCCAAUGAUGGUCCUGAAGCAAAGAAGCCAAAGAUCGACCCCAAUGAGACUACAAUGGUGAAAAAGACUAUCAGCUUCUGCUCUCUGAAAGAAGCUCUAGAGGUUGACUGGACUACUGAGAAAGCCAAAAGCAGUCUGAAGCGCGUUCCUGCUGACUAUUUCCUUUUGCAAGUGCUUCUGAAGUUUCGCACAGAUAAAGGUCGCGAUCCUCAACCUGACAGCUUUGCUGAAGACUCUCAACUGCUCUUGCAAAUCCGCGAUGAUGUCCUUGAGACCAUGGGCUUAAGCUCGGAUUUGCUCCUCAACACCUUUGUCAGUUACUGCUUCUCUGAGAUGUCCCCAGUGUGCGCUGUAGUCGGAGGAGUUCUUGGACAAGAGAUUGUCAAGGCGCUGUCUCAGAGAGAUGCUCCGCACAGAAACUUUUUCUUCUUCGAUGGCCUGAAGGGCAGCGGGGUGGUCGACUACUUCAGCUCCAAAUAAGUGGCCUCGGGAGAACACAGAGCCGUGCAUGUGGAGCUCAUCCUCUGCCAGUGGCCGCAGGCAUCAAAAUCUGUCUUUUGGACGGUACCUUU